AUGGUGGAACUUAGGAAACGAAAAGCACCAACACAGCUUCCAAGCGCGGAAAAGAAGACCAAAAAGAGUCGGGAACCUGCAAAAGCAUCGGCGCAAUCAAGCAACAAACAGAAGCCUGCUACUCCUGCCACUACUCCCACCUGUCCAGUCGUCGGUGACACUAUUGCUUUGGAUGGAUUCGGUGGGGAGAUAGAAUUGGACGACGGCACCAAGACUACUCUCAAGCAGCUUGUCGAAGAGAGUAAAUCGGGCGUUGUGUUAUUCACAUACCCUAGAGCUUCAACCCCUGGUUGUACGAAACAAGCUUGCAUGUUCCGCGACAAGCAUGAUCAACUUAUUUCGACCGGUUUGGCAAUUUAUGGGCUUUCGGCAGAUUCCACCAAGGCCAACACUUCCUUCAAGACCAAGCAGAAUCUGCCCUACCCUCUUCUUUGUGAUACAGCAUCUACCCUUAUCUCAGCCAUAGGGUUCAAAAAGGUGCCCAAAGGAACAACAAGAGGUGUUUUUGCUGUUGAUAAGGAGGGCGAAGUCCUACUUUUACAGCCGGGGGGACCCGACGCAACCGUCGACGCUGUUGAAAGGUUGGUCUCCAUGCGCUCUCAGAGAGAUCAAGGAGAGACGGGAGAUGAGACUGGUGUGAGCCCAGGAAAAAGUACAAAUUGA